UGGCAAGGUAAACACACAGAUGGUGGGCGUACUUUACACGAAACAAAAAUACAAACUUGCGAAAAAAUGGCUGGGUUUACAGGAUUUAGCGAAGAAGAUAUACGUCGUUUUAAAAUGCAAGGAGAAAGCAUUGAUUUGAAUGAAAAUACUAGGAAGGAGCCUGCAAAGAAAGCUACAAUGAAUUCUUCCGGCAAACGGUCUAAACCACGGGAGAAAAUUCGUACUAAAUCGAAUAGCAACGCUGUGAAAACAAAUGUGAAGGUGUCUGAUUACUCUAGCUCAGGAAUUGAAUCAGAUGUAAAAGAAACACCAGCAAAACCAGGCAAAGAAGAAGUCAUUCACCAAGCUAUAAUCCAAGAGAAAACACGAGAGAUUGAAGUUAUCAUGGAAAGUGAAAAAGUUAAGGAAAUUGAGCUGUCAGAUCUUGAAAAGAUGCAGCAAAAACAAAAAGAAAUGGAGAUUAUUAAUAAAAAGAAAGAGAAAAUGCUUCAGGCAGCUUUAAAACAGAGAUAUGCAAAAACCAAGAGAGAGACAGAAACAUUAAAACUUGUCCAAAAAGAGCUGAACCAUUUAGAUAAUCUACUUUACUCUGAUGUGCAAGUCUUAAGAGAUAAAAUUGACAAUGCUUGUCGUGAAUUUGAUUCAGCCAGGAAGCGCUAUGAAAGAGCUGAAAAAGAGUUUAUCAAUGCAAAAGUCAAUCUCCAUGAUAAAACAGAGUUGAAGGAUCAACUGGCUGAGCAUUUGUGUUCUAUAAUUCAACAAAAUGAAGAACGAAAGGCAAAAAAAUUAGCAGAACUUAUGGCAAAACUUGAAUUAGCUGAUCGAGAGGCGAACUUUGAUGAAGCUGAAUGUGAUUCUAAUGAUAUAAUUGGGAAAACUAACUCGAACUCACACGAAAUACAAGAAGCUUCAGAUGUAAAGACAUCUUCUAAUAAUGAUAGGAAUCUAAGUACUUCUGUUGAAACUGUUAGCAGCGAAAAAAUCGCUCAUGACAUAGUGAAAGAACAUUUAGCUAGCGACAAUAGGACAGUGGAAACCCAGUCUAUUGCUUAAUCAAUUCAAAAAAGAUAUAUUUUUAUAAUUCACAUAUAUUUUUCACUUUCACCCCAUUAUCAAUACAAACAAAGUAUGUUUUAUAUAUCUGUCACUUGGUAAAUAUGUUUGAAUUUUC